AUGAGCAUUUGUCCACACAUACAACAGGUAUUUCAGAAUGAGAAGUCCAAAGAAGGUGUUUUAAAAACUUGUAAUGCUGCCCGAUUUAUACUAAAUCAUUCUAUACCAAAAGAAAAGCUUUUAAACACCAUGAAAUGUGGUACAUGCCAUGAAAUAAACUCCGGGUCAACUUUUAUGUGCCUGCAAUGUGGAUAUUGUGGAUGUUGGAACCAUUCUCAUUUUCUCUCUCAUAGUAAACAAAUUGGUCACAUAUUUGGUAUAAACUCAAAUAACGGUCUCUUGUUUUGCUUCAAAUGUGAGGACUACUUGGGCAAUAUCGACCUUAUUAACGAUGCUAUCCUAGCAAAGUAUUGGGAUGACGUCUCUACAAAAACCACAGUGCCCAUCAUGGAAAGAAGAGAUGGACUUUCUGGCUUGAUCAAUAUGGGAUCCACGUGCUUUAUGAGUAGUAUUCUUCAAUGUCUGAUUCAUAAUCCGUACUUUAUUAGGCAUUCAAUGAGUCAAAUUCAUUCAAAUAAAUGUAAAGUGGGCUCUCCUGAUAAGUGCUUUUCAUGUGCUCUCGAUAAAAUUAUCCAAGAACUUUAUGGAGUUUUGAAUACAGAUCAGCCUUCACCAUCAUCUUCAGCGACAAACCGGCAAACUGGCUUCAUAUAUCUUUUAACUUGUGCCUGGAAAAUCAACCAGAAUUUAGCAGGUUAUUCCCAACAAGAUGCCCAUGAAUUUUGGCAAUUUAUAAUUAACCAAAUCCACCAAAGCUAUACCCAUGAUUCGCCUAACGCUAAGGAAAUAGACAGGGUAAAUAAUAAGCGAUGUGAAUGCAUAGUACAUAGUGUUUUCGAAGGCUCCUUGGAAAGCUCUAUUGUAUGCCCCGGCUGUCAAAAAAACUCGAAGACAACCAUUGAUCCUUUCAUGGACCUUUCUCUUGAUAUCAAGGACAAGAAAAAACUUUAUGAAUGCCUUGACAGUUUCCAUAAAAAGGAACAAUUAAAGGAUUUCAAUUAUCAUUGUGGCGAAUGUAAUAGUACUCAAGAUGCUAUAAAACAAUUAGGCAUACACAGAUUACCAUCAGUUUUGGUUUUGCAAUUGAAAAGAUUCGAACACUUACUUAAUGGAAGUAAUAGAAAGCUGGAUGAUUUUAUUGAAUUUCCCACCUAUUUGAAUAUGAAAAGUUACUGUUCAACUGGAGAAAGUGAAAAGCAUACUGGAAAUGGCAAGGUGCCAGACAUUAUUUACGAAUUAAUAGGUAUUGUUUCUCACAGGGGGACAGUCAAUGAGGGGCAUUAUAUUGCCUUUUGUAAAAUUUCCGGCGGACAAUGGUUUAAAUUCAAUGAUUCCGUAGUAACCUCCAUUGCUCAAGGAGAGGUUUUGAAGGAACAAGCAUAUUUAUUAUUCUACACCAUUCGUCAAGUAAAUUGA